AAAGCUACUCUUGAUUCCUUUUUUUCUUUUCUUUUCUUUUUUUUCUUUUUUGCCUUUUCCUUUUCAUCAACAAUUCCUCCCCUAUAAAUCCCACAGAAACAACCCUCAAAAACCAUCUCUCUCUUCUUCUUCUUCUUCUUCUUAUUUUCUAUCUCUAUUUUCACACUCUCUUUCUCAUUUUUCUCUCAUAAGACGAAAUGACGAACCAAAAGGUGUUGGGAAAGCAACGUGUGAAUGAGAGGCUCAUGGAGUUAGCAAUGUCGAUUUCGAAUUCUAAUGAUUUACCGGCAACGGCAGUGCCUGAAUUAAUGGCUUUGUUUGGUGAGUUUUUGGCUCAGCACAAGAACAAUCUUGUUAAGCCUUUGGAAGAUGAAAAUGGUAAAGGAAUCACAAAAAGUAACUCAUGGAUUGAUUCCAUGAGAGCUUCUUCUCCUACUAGAACAAGAAACACCUCCGAAAAUCGCGACCAGGCUCACUGGAAGCUUUUUCAUCCUUCUGCAUUGAACAUGUUUGAUCAAAUAAUGUCCAAAGCAAAUGGAAAACAAAUAGUUGUUUUUCUUGACUAUGAUGGAACUCUCUCCCCAAUUGUAGCAGAUCCAAAUAAAGCUUACAUGACCAAAAAGAUGAGAAUGACAUUGAAGGACAUAGCAAGACAUUUUCCUACAGCUAUUGUUAGUGGAAGAUGUUUAGACAAGCUAUUUAGCUUUGUAAGAUUGACAGAAUUAUACUAUGCUGGAAGUCAUGGAAUGGAUAUAAAAGGACCAACAAAUAAAAGAAGCACUAAAAAUGGUAGUAAUGAUGGGGUACUUUUGCAGCCUGCAAGUGAAUUCUUGCCCAUGAUCAAUGAGGUUUAUAAAAUUUUGGUGGAAAAAACAAAAGAUGUUCCCGGAGCUAUGGUGGAAAAUAACAAAUUUUGUUUGUCUGUACAUUUUCGUUGUGUUGAUGAAAAGAGUUGGACAGCAUUGGCUGAACAAGUAAGCUUGGUGCUCAAUGAAUACCCAAAAUUAAAGCUAACUCAAGGAAGAAAAGUGUUGGAAAUUCGACCAACCAUAAAAUGGGACAAAGGAAGAGCUCUUGAAUUUUUGUUAGAGACACUUGGAUUUGCAAAUUGUAAUAAUGUAUAUCCAAUCUAUAUUGGUGAUGAUCGGACCGACGAAGAUGCUUUUAAGGUUUUAAGCAAUAGAGGUCAAGGAAGUGGGAUUCUAGUUUCCAAAAUUCCAAAAGAAACCAAUGCUUCUUACACUUUGCAAGAUCCAUCUGAGGUUGGACAAUUUCUGCAGCAUUUGGUGGAAUGGAAAAGAACAAAUACUCAUAACCACAAGUUAUAGAGAGAUAGAAGAAUCUUAUAAAUGAGUUUAGGGAUUUGACACCGACCAAAGAAUUUGGUCAAGGGGUAGUUCAAAUAACAUCCCUUGUUUCAAAAUAGGAAAUAGUACAUGUUAUUGUUCCAUAAUUUUUAGGGACGAGAAAGUCCAAAUAGAUUCUCUCUUUUUAUUUUUCAUCUUUUAAUUUUAAUGUAUAAUUCUAUUCUUGAUCUUUCACACGUUUGCAUGCGCAUGCGAUAGUGAAAGACAGAUGUUUUAUGCCUUAUUUGUAAAAUCAAACAUUAUAACUUUCUUACUCUCAAUUGUACUUAUUGUACCACUGGAAAAUGUUAUGAUGAAAAUGAUAA